GACAGCUACUGUGCCUCGGCUUGGCUGCACCGACCGGCCAAGCACCUACUUCUCCUUAAAACUCGCACCUGGGCACAUCUUGUGCUUCCUCCUUGGCAAGCAGGGUCAGGGCGCCGUCUGUAGGGACUUGAGCUUAGGGAAGGACAUGUGCAGCCAGGAGAGCUGUGAUCCUGCCCCCAGGCCCCUAGCUUGCCACCCCAGAGGGUGGUAAGGCCACCUUUUCCCCAUCCACAGAAGCGUGUGGCACAGACACCCGCAUAUUGGGACGCUGGCACUGCUGGCUUCCAGAGGGGACCUAGGUGUGCUGCUGUGGUCCAGAGGAGUGCAACCAACUAGCUGAGCCAGGAACGGCCUCUUUGUUGUCAGGAUGGCUGCAGGGGGCCCGGGCCCAGGAGGGGCUGGAGAGGAGCUGGCCCUGGCCCUGGCCCUGGCCCCUGCGAUAAGCAGAGGCUGCACAGGUCAGUUCUCGAGGGAGGCCACCCACAGACCAGCUGGAAAGCUGUGUGGGUGCCCAGCACCCACUGGCAUCAGGCUCCGCACAGCUCCUCAGCCUCAUGCUGAAGAGGGGCACCUGCACCCGAGCAGCUUCAGGCCGCAUUUGGCCACCUCCCGGUUCCUCACGCUGUCCUUCCAGGGUGUAGUCGGAGCCUUUGACCUGGGGCUGUCACGGAGGACCAGGACUGAAAAGGGCGCCACGUGGCCUCCACCAAGGCAGGACAGACAGCCAGACUGGCUCGGCUCCCCUGAGCCAUGGACAGCAUGUCGGGGCCAUCGUGCGUUCUGCUAGCUCGUGCUACAGCAGGGCUGGACCAGGGGUGGCAGGUGACCAAGUGACCAGCCUCCCAGGCAGCUCAGAUCUUCAUUGCAGGACAAUACCAGAGCUUAAUGGCUGGGUACUAUAAGUCCAUUCACAUGCAUAGGGUGCCCUGGGGUCAGUGAGGGAUGGUGCCAGGACCCUCUGCCAGAGCAGCCCUGCAGAAGCUCACCUCUUCCCCAAGGAAGUGUCUGCAGAGAACCCCCUGGUGCUCACGGCCACCCUGGGUGGUGCAGGUGGUGGCUCUGCUGUGACGACCCAAGUCUGGGCCUGUCUGGUGCCGACUCCACAGCGGUGGGUCUGGAGCCUGUGGCCUCGAGCCUGAAUGUGAUCAGCCUCCACAACCACCAUUUUCCCCAGGAGGCAAAGGGGAAGUUCAGGGCCUUGUCCGAGGCACCCUCUGCCACUGGGUGCCGAGGCCAGCCCUUCUGUCCCUCUCGCCCCAGAGCCUCUGCCCAAGUCCAUGACCCUGGACACAGGGUCUGACCUGAGGGGGCCUCUUCCCCCGCCACCCUCCCACGAUGACUUGAGCCAGGAGUGUUCUGUUCUCUUGCAUUUGCUUUGAUAGGACUGUUUUUGUUUGUUUUUUUUAAUAUUAUUAGGACACAAUAUCUUUUAAAAAAAUUUUUUAGUUGUAGAUAUACACAGACCUUUGUUUUAUUUUCUUUAUGUGGUGCUGAGGCUCGAACCCAGGGCCUCACACUUAUUAGGCAAGUGCUCUACACUCAGCCCCAGCCCCAGCCCCGUGUCUUUUUUUAAUAUUUAUUUUUCAGUUAUCGUGGACACAUGCCUUUAUUUUACUUUAUGUGGUGCUGAGGAUCGAACCCAGUGCCCUACACAUGCGAGGUGCCCAUGGGACGGUAGCAGACUCCGAGAGAACAGUACUGUCACCAAAGGAAAGCUGUGGCGCCAUCAGUGUGAAAACUGAACCCAUGGACGAUUCUGGGAUUUCCCUGAAGGCAGAAGCUGUAUCUGUCAAGAAGGAGUUGGAGGACCCCUGCUACUGCCAGCACCACGUGCCAGAAGGCGACUGUUCUUCCACAAGCAAUGAAGAAAUGGAAACGGAAUUACCAAUGGAAGAGUCUGCCCAGCUGGUUUGUGCAGACACAAACGAGGACCCCAAAGGCCACGUGAAGGUCGAAGGAAACACAAAUUCAUUCAGUAUUAUGAAUUCUGCAGCUGGUGUUGAAGAUCUUAAGAUUGUACAGGUGGCAAUUCCAGAUAACGAGAAAGAAAAAUUAUCAAGCAUUGAAAAGACUAAACAGCUACGAGAACAAGUCAAUGACCUCUUUAGCCGAAAAUUUGGUGAAGCGAUUGGCGUGGACUUCCCUGUGAAAGUUCCCUACAGGAAAAUCACCUUCAACCCGGGCUGCGUGGUGAUCGACGGCAUGCCCCCGGGUGUGGUGUUCAAAGCCCCCGGCUACCUGGAGAUCACCUCCAUGAGAAGGAUCUUGGAGGCUGCAGACUUCAUCAAAUUCACAGUCAUUAGACCGCUUCCAGGCCUCGAGCUCAGCAAUGUGGGAAAGCGGAAGAUCGACCAGGAGGGCCGCGUGUUCCAGGAGAAGUGGGAGCGCGCCUACUUCUUCGUGGAGGAGCAGAGCAUCCCCACGUGCCUCAUCUGCAAGCAGAGCAUGUCGGUGUCCAAGGAGUACAACCUGCGGAGACACUACCAGACCAACCACAGCAAGCACUACGACCAGUACACGGAGCACAUGCGCGACCAGAAGCUCCGCGAGCUCAAGAGGGGGCUGCGCAGGUACCUCCUGGGCUCCCCUGAGGCCGGCGCCCCAGAGCAGAAGCAGACGCUGCCCAGCGCGGGGCGCCCCGACAGUGCGACCGAGCAGCCCGCCGAGGACGUGGCCGGCAGCUUGUGGGAGAAGCUGCGUGAGAAGCUGCGCUCGUUCGUGGCCUACUCCCUGGCCAUCGACGAGAUCACGGACAUCAACAACACCACCCAGCUGGCCAUUUUCAUCCGCGGCGUGGACGCCGGCUUCGACGUGUCCGAGGAGCUCCUGGAUACGGUGCCCAUGACGGGCACCAAGUCCGCCAAUGAGGUCUUCUCGCGCGUGGAGAAGACUCUCAAGAAGUUCAACAUCGACUGGUCGAAACUAGUGAGCGUGGCCUCCACGGGCACCCCCGCCAUGGUCGAUGCCAACAGCGGCCUCAUCACCAAACUGAAAUCCAAGGUGGCCACGCUGUGCAAGGGCUCGGAUCUGAAAUCCGUCCGCUGCAUCAUCCACCCAGAGUCCGUCUGUGCCCAGAAGCUAAAGAUGGACCACGUCAUGGAUGUGGUGGUGGACUCGGUGAACUGGGUCUGCUCCCGGGGGCUGAACCACGGCGAGUUCACCACGCUGCUCUACGAGCUGGACAGCCAGUACGGCAGCCUCCUCUACCACACCGGCAUUAAGUGGCUCAGCCGCGGGCUGGUGCUCAAGAGGUUCUUUGAGUCUCUGGAGGAAAUCGACUCCUUCAUGUCCUCCCGAGGGAAGCCGGUGCCCCAGCUGAGCUCCAAAGACUGGAUCCGGGACCUGGCCUUCCUGGUGGACGUAACCAUGCACCUGAACACCCUGAACAUCUCCCUCCAGGGCCAUUCGCAAGUCGUCACGCAGAUGUACGACCUGCUGCGCGCCUUCCUGGCCAAGCUGUGCCUCUGGGAGACGCACCUAGCCAGGAACAACCUGGCCCACUUCCCCACGCUGAAGUCGGUGGCCAGACACCAAGGCGACGGCCUCAACUACGUCCCCAGGAUCGCGGAGCUGAAGACGGAAUUCCAGAAACGACUGUCCGACUUCGAGCGCUACGAGAGCGAGCUGAGGCUCUUCAGCGCCCCGUUCUCCACCGGGAUUGAGAGCGUGCGCGAAGAGCUGCAGCUGGAGGUGAUCGACCUGCAGUGUAACUCGGCGCUGAAGGCCAAGUACGACGAGGUGGGCGUCCCCGAGUUCUACAGGCACCUCUGGAGCAGCUACCCCAGGUACCGCAGCCACUGCGCCAGGGUCCUCUCCAUGUUCGGCAGCACCUACGUCUGCGAGCAGCUCUUCUCCAUCAUGAAGCUGAGCAAGACCAAGCACUGCUCCCAGCUGAAGGGCUCACAGUGGGACCCCGGGCUCCACGUGGCUUCGUGACGAAGGGACAGCUGCCGGCCAGGCCCCACGGCAGGAAGCUUAGGAUGUCCCUGGCCCGGGACUGGAAGACGAGGACGUGAACUAUUAAGCAUUUUGAUUAUUCCAGGUUUUUUUCUUUUCCACUUUGAAAUGGAAGUGUAAUUUGCAGCAUCAUACCUGUUUGUACGGCAUUUUAUGCUUCCCUGUAGUUGAGUAAAAGUCAACCAAGUUUUACUGUA